AUGACGGAGGUCCGGACGACGAGCGACGCGCUUCGGACGUGCGCGGCGUACGCGCUGGUGACGGUCGCGGUGGAGUCGUCGACGUCGCCGUUCGCGCUGCGGGCGCAGCGGGCGUUGGGGUGGAGCGUCGAGCCCGAACGCGCGAGCGCUUUUUACGCGUGGAUGUUCGCGGUGACGGCGCUCAAGCCGCUGUGGGCGUCGAUCGGGGACCGAGACGGACGAGGGGUGAGCAGACGGCUCGUGGUGUCCGUGGGGUGCGCGGUGAGCGCGCUCGGGACGAUCGGGAUGUCGAGGGCGACGAAUUCGUUCGCGGCGUACGCGAGCGGGACGCUGGCGGCGGGCGGCGCGAGCGCGGCGUACGCGACGCUGGAUGGAUCCAUCGUGCGGUUGGGACGAAAGGGCGUCGAUGGAGAGGACACGGCGUUGACGGCGCGGACGCAGGCGUUGGCCAUGGGGGCGAGGACGCUGGGAGCGGGAUUAGGGGAGCUCGCGGGCGCGGGCGCGUUGGCGGCGGUGAGCGCAGAUGGAGCGACCGCGGCGGCGGGCGGAUGGUUCGCCAUCGCUGCCGUCGCGGCGUGGACGUGCGUGAGAGAGGAUGAUGAUGAUGAUGCCUAUGAUAUUGUCGAUGACGAUGGUACGGAGAUCGAUGAGAGUGGGCGGAGGACGAAAGGAGCGAGUGCGAGUGGUCGAGCUCGUGGCGUAGGCGAGCAGCUCCGGGACGUGCUCAGGACGCUCUCGGACGCGACGUUCGCCAGGUGCGCGGCGUGCGUCUUCUUGUAUCGCCUCGCACCGACCGCGCUGGACGUGUUCGCGUCGUACACGUACGCAGUUUUCGGUGAGGUGGUGCCGAAUUGGGGCUUCGCACUGGCGCAGUUCUUCGCGUCGCUCGGCGCUCUGUGCGCGCCGGCGGCGUUCGGUUGGGCCUUCGGCGGCAGUUCGACGCAAGCGACGAGUUUUGGCGAAGAACGUGGAGGAAUGUUAGAGCGCGCGCGCGCGUGGUUCGUCGCGGCGCCGCUCUGGAUGAUGUUCAUCCUCGGUGCGCUCGUGGACGCGAUGAUGGGGUUGUCGAGGCUCGCGCUCGUGUGGCAGCGUCCAUCGAGCGGCGCGGUCGCCUCCAUAUCCUUGGUGAACGCCCUCUCCACGUUCGGCCUGCGCGUCGGAUACAUGCCGAUCGUCACUCUGGGUGCGCUCAUUGCCCCGCGCAACCUCGAGGGCGUCGGGCUCGCCACGCUCGUCUUCGCGAGCGAUGUUGGCUCUCUCGUCUCCGCCGGCGUCUCCGGCGCGCUCGUCCGCGCGAUGUCCAUCGGUGAUCCGACGUCCACGGACCCCCAGGGCGCGGUCACACAAACCGGACGAUCGUGGCGUCCGCUCACUGCCUUCCUCUUCCUCGUCUUCGCCUGCAAAUGCAUCAUUCCCGCCGUCGCGUCGCCGCCGCUCCUGCGCGCGGCUGGCCCGCGUCCCGGACGCCGUCUCGCCCCCGCGCGCGAGUUCGCGCGCGUCCCGACGCACGAGACCUCCGACGCCGCGUCUACCGUCCAUUGUACCCCCGUGUAA